CGCCAGAGAGCAAUGAUGGGGGAGGAGUUUCCCCCCUUAUCUUGGCGGGUCGCACUUAAGCUUUUUCCUUCACCAAGAUGGCGGCUGUCCCUUCGUAUUCGGCGUAGAUGUGUUGUGAGCCCCUACAGAAGCUGGCAGGCUGACAGACAGACAGCUCACAGGACGGACUUUCUGGCUACUGACCAUUUAGCUGUGGCAUACCCGGAUUGUGUGUGGGUGGGAAAUCGACCAUGAGCUCCGUGGCAGUUUUGACCCAGGAAAGUUUUGCUGAACAUCGCAGUGGCCUUGCGCAACAGCAGGUGAAAGUUGCAGCUUUAAAUGCUGAAGAAGAGAAUGACCCUCCAACUUACAAGGAUGCCUUCCCUCCUCUCCCUGAGAAAGCAGCAUGUUUGGAACCAGCCCAGGAACCUGCUGGUGCCUGGAGCAAAAUCCGACCAAUCAAGGCUUCUGUCAUCACUCAGGUGUUCCAUGUGCCACUGGAAGAGAGGAAAUACAAGGACAUGAACCAGUUUGGGGAAGGCGAGCAGGCCAAAAUUUGCCUGGAUAUCAUGCAGAAGACGGGGGCUCACCUGGAGCUGUCUCUCGCAAAGGAUCAGGGACUCUCAAUCAUGGUCUCUGGCAAGCUAGAAGCAGUGAUGAAGGCUCGGAAGGAGAUUGUAGCUCGGCUUCAGACACAGGCUUCAGCAACAGUGGCUAUUCCCAAAGAGCAUCAUCGCUUUGUCAUUGGUAAGAACGGAGAGAAGUUGCAGGACCUUGAGCUCAAAACUGCCACAAAGAUCCACAUCCCCCGCACGGAUGACCCCAGCAUCCAGAUCAAGAUCACUGGCACCAAGGAAGGGAUUGAGAAGGCUCGUCAUGAGAUCCUGCUUAUCUCCGCUGAGCAGGAUAAACGUGCAGUUGAGAGGCUUGAACUGGAGAAGGUAUACCAUCCUUUCAUUGCUGGCCCUUUCAACAAGCUGGUGAGUGAGAUCAUGCAGGAGACAGGGACACGCAUAAACAUCCCACCUCCCAGUGUCAACAGAACGGAAAUAGUCUUCACUGGAGAGAAGGAGCAGCUGGCCCAAGCAGUGGCUCGUGUUAAGAAGAUCUAUGAGGAGAAGAAAAAGAAGACUACCACCAUUGCCGUGGAGGUGAAGAAGUCCCAGCACAAGUACGUCAUCGGCCCCAAGGGGAACUCCUUGCAGGAGAUCUUGGAGAAAACUGGAGUCUCGGUCGAGAUCCCACCCACUGACAGCAGCUCGGAGACUGUGAUACUGCGUGGCGAACCUGAAAAGCUUGGGCAGGCAUUGACUGAAGUCUAUGCUAAGGCCAACAGUUUCACAGUCUCCUCUGUCUCUGCCCCCUCUUGGCUUCAUCGUUUCAUCAUUGGCAAGAAAGGACAAAACCUGGCCAAAAUCACCCAACAGAUGCCAAAGGUUCACAUAGAGUUCACUGAGGGAGAGGAUAAAAUCACUCUGGAGGGACCCACAGAGGAUGUGAAUGUUGCUCAAGAACAGAUUGAGAGCAUGGUCAAGGAUCUGAUCAACCGAAUGGAUUAUGCUGAAAUCAGUAUUGACCAUAAAUUCCACAGACAUCUCAUUGGAAAAAGUGGAGCAAACAUCAACAGGAUUAAGGAUCAGUAUAAAGUGUCUGUGCGAAUCCCUCCAGACAAUGAGAAGAGCAACCUCAUCAGAAUUGAAGGAGAUCCUCAGGGAGUUCAAGAGGCCAAGAGAGAGCUGCUGGAACUCGCGUCACGUAUGGAAAAUGAACGUACUAAGGACCUGAUCAUUGACCAGAAAUUUCAUAGAACUAUCAUUGGACAGAAGGGUGAAAGGAUUCGGGAUACCAGGGACAAAUUUCCAGAGGUUAUCAUCAACUUCCCGGACCCAUCACACAAGAGUGACAUUGUUCAGCUUAGAGGACCCAAGAAUGAGGUAGAAAAAUGCACAAAGUACAUGCAGAAGGUGGUGGCCGAUCUGGUCGAAAACAGCUUUUCUAUUUCUGUUCCUAUCUUCAAACAAUUCCAUAAGAACAUAAUUGGAAAAGGAGGUGCAAAUAUAAAAAAGAUCCGUGAGGAAUGCAACACCAAGAUUGAUCUUCCGGCGGAGAAUAGCAAUUCGGAGACUAUUAUCAUUACAGGCAAAAGAGCCAACUGUGAAGCUGCCCGCAACCGGAUUCUCUCCAUCCAAAAAGAGUUGGCUAACAUUGUGGAGGCAGAGGUCUCUAUCCCUUCCAAACUGCACAAUUCUCUCAUUGGUGCCAAAGGUCGUUUCAUCCGGUCCAUUAUGGAGGAGUGUGGUGGGGUUCACAUCCACUUCCCCACAGAAGGCUCCGGUAGUGAUACGGUCACCAUCCGGGGCCCGGCCCAGGAUGUUGAGAAGGCCAAGAAACAGCUGCUGCAACUGGCAGAGGAAAAGCAAACCAAGAGUUAUACUGUAGACUUGCGUGCCAAGCCAGAGUACCACAAAUUUUUGAUUGGCAAAGGAGGUGGUAACAUUCGCAAGGUGCGUGACAAUACGGGUGCCCGUAUUAUCUUCCCCACUUCAGAGGACAAAGAUCAGGAGCUGAUUACUAUCAUGGGAACAGAGGAAGCUGUCAAGGAUGCCCAAAAGGAGCUGGAGAUACUCAUCAAGAAUCUGGAUAAUGUUGUUGAAGAUUCCAUGACUGUGGAUCCCAAACACCACCGACACUUUGUCAUCCGGAAGGGGCAGGUACUACGAACCAUAGCAGAGGAGUAUGGGGGUGUGAUGGUCAGCUUUCCACGCCCUGGCACACAGAGUGACAAGGUCACCCUUAAAGGAGCAAAGGAUUGUGUUGAAGCUGCAAAGAAACGUAUCCUGGAGAUAAUUGAUGACUUGGAAGCUCAGGUGACCAUAGAAUGUACCAUUCUUCAGAAGUAUCACCGCUCCAUCAUGGGCCCCAAAGGCUCCAGGAUCCAACAGAUCACCCGUGACCAUGGUGUUCAGAUCAAAUUCCCAGACCGGGAGGAGAACACAGCAGCCCCCACUGCUGAAUUAGCAGUACAGGAAAAUGGCAAAGAGAGUGGCGAAGGGAAAGAGUCCAAAGAAGCAGAACCUGGCUCUCCAAAGAAAUGUGAUACCAUUAUAAUCUCUGGCCGUCGAGAGAAAUGUGAGGCAGCGAAAGAGGCCCUACAGGCUCUUGUUCCAGUUACUAUUGAAGUAGAAGUUCCCUUUGACCUUCAUCGUUUCAUCAUUGGUCAGAAGGGCGUUGGAAUCCGGAAAAUGAUGGAUGAGUUUGAGGUAAACAUUCAGGUCCCUGCCCCAGAGUUUCAGUCUGACAUGAUCUCUAUAAGUGGGCUUGCUGCUAACCUUGAUCGUGCCAAGGCCAGACUACUAGAGAGAGUGAAGGAGCUGCAAGCUGAACAAGAAGAUCGGGCCUUGCGAAACUUUAAGCUUAUAGUCACCGUGGACCCCAAGUACCACCCUAAGAUCAUUGGUAGGAAGGGGGCUGUGAUCACUCAAAUCCGCACAGAGCAUGAUGUGACCAUUCAGUUUCCAGACAAGGAUGAUGAAUCCCAGGCCCAGGAUCAGAUCACCAUCACUGGCUAUGAGAAGAACACCGAGUCUGCCCGAGAUGCCAUCUUGAAGAUUGUCGGUGAGCUGGAGCAGAUGGUCUCUGAAGACAUUACUCUAGACCAUCGUGUUCACGCUCGCAUUAUUGGAGCACGUGGGAAAGCCAUCCGCAAGAUCAUGGAUGAAUUCAAGGUGGAUAUCCGUUUCCCCCAGAGUGGAGCUGCCGAUCCUAACUGUGUGACAGUGACUGGACUCCCUGACAACGUGGAGGAAGCCAUUGAUCAUAUCCUGAACCUAGAGGAGGAAUAUCUGGCUGACGUAGUAGACAAUGAGGCAAUGCAAGUCUACAUGAAACCACCUGCCCAUGAAGAAGCCAAGGCUGCAUCGAAGGGAUUUGUGGUCCGAGAUGCACCUUGGGCCUCCGGCAACACUGAGAAGGCCCCUGACAUGAGCAGUUCUGAAGAUUUCCCUAGUUUCGGAGCUCAGGUGGCCCCCAAGACUCUACCUUGGGGUCCCAAGCGGUAAUGACUUGGAAACAGCAAUCUUGUCCAGCCACCUGCCACAAGGUUUCCUUCCCGAAUUCUGACCUAGUGGCUGGAUCGAGCACAGAUUUCCCAUGGGGGUCUCUUAAUGAAACUAGAGUGCUACCCCCUUCUGAGGUUCUCUCUUGUCCCUGUGCUUAGGUCUCACUAUGCUUCAGUUUGACUUCCCUUCCUCCUUGCCCCGGAAGAAGCGUUCCAUGUUCAUUCACACCUAAAAUACAUACUUUUUUUUUCUUUGAAACUUCAGCCUCUCACUUUCAUGUUGGCCAUGGUGUCGUAACCAAACCUCCCAGGUACAAAGCACUCUAGCCUCCAUUAGGAGAUCUCCUUACUGUGGCUAGGAAUCUACUUCCUGUCUCUCAACCUCAGGAAACACAUUUCCUUGACUUUCUACAAAGCCAAAAUAUUUGCUCUUCCCCCUCCUGCUCUGUUUCUCCAAGGCCUUACCUUUGUAGAGUGCAAUCAACUUUCCCUUUCAACUGCCAAAAAACAAACUCACACCUAUCUAAUACUGCUAUUGGAGAGGAGAAGGGAUAGAAGAUUGGCCAGAAAUGAUAGGUGGAGAGGGAGUCUACCAUGGAGUUGGGGCCCCCAGAAAGGACAUGUGGCUCUUGCUCUGCUAGUCUGCACCACUGAGUGUACCAACAUUCUUCCGUUCUGGUGCGAGUAUCAAAUAGCAUCACCAGUAUCCCAUUCUCCACCCCUCCCCUGCCCCGCCACUGCCAUCCCAGUGACUUUGUAUUCUUCCUUCCCAACAAUAAUAUGGCUAAAUGGAGCCAGAAAACCGACAGUAUUAUUGGGUCUAACAAAACUAGGUUCAGCCAAAAGUGCCAUGGUAGCAUACCACAGAAAAUGAUGGGUAAUAGAAUGCUGUUAAGAGGGCAUAUUACCCUUCUGCCCCUGCCCCCUCCCAGCUUGAUAGUGAUGGCAUGUAAGUACCAGGGUUAAGGGUGUGUCUUUUGCUUUUUACUAUUGCCUUCUUUCUACCUCAAGCCAGUAUGACAGUGGCCUGCUUCUUCAGACUGUUGUUCCUCAACAAGUAGAGGGGUGUGUGUGUGUGUGUGUGUGUGUGUGUGUGUGUGUGUGUGUGUGUGUGUGGCUUCAGCCAGGAUAUGUGGCAUCAAGCUUGCCCUCCUACAAAGAUGGUCUUAAUCGCAACCCCCUAAUUUGGCCUGUAGUCUUAUUGACAAAGGUUUGCUUUGGAGGGAGGCAGAUAAGGAGUGACCCUCACUUAAACUGAAGGGAAACUAAAUGUUGUUUGGUCUUAAAUGAAGCCUCUCUUGAGGGGGAGGAGAGGAUACCUAUAUUCAGCAAAAGCCUUCUGUAGUCUGGCAGCAAGUGGACUGUCAUGUCGUCUUGAUUCCAGUAGUUUCUGUAUCAUAGCCGCUGCCAUAAACCAAUACUGUAUAAGGCUGCUUGUAUUUAAAGCUGCUCUUCCAACCCAUUACAUGGCAUUUUAUCUUUUCUGCUGAAGGUGCUGGGGGCGGCGCUGGGUCCUAUGCCAACUCUGACCUCUGCCUACCACCUUCCCCUCCCCUGCCAAGAGCUUUUCUGAGCCAUUAGCUAGGAUCCAUAGCCCCAGGGUCAAUCCCCCAUCCCCAUCAUGCAAAGCUCUUUCUGCUAGACCGCUCCCCUAACAAUGAUAGAAAGCAUCUCACUUAAGUGAAGGGAGAGAUGAGUUUCUCUGUGGUAAUUCUGCUUUAAAGAGUGGGCAGGACAAGCCCUAUCGCCAUCUGAGCAGGAGACUGAAACAGGGUAGUAGUGUUUAAUGUCUUGCCAGUGGUACCUGGUGUCUGAAUGUCACACAUCACGUGCACAUGUGUUUUAGGCUUGAACUGCCAUUGAGCAUGGCCCCGACCCUGCCAUUUGUUCAAACUGUUUGGGAGUAUUCCCCACCCGCUCUGUCCCAUGUAGUCUGCAGCAGAUGCUCUGUGGAGAUGUGCUCCAUGUCCUCUUAAUGUCUUCCAUAUUAUGUUUCCAUGGCAAUGAUCCCUUGGCCUUAACUUUGGAAUUUGGAGAUUAUAUGCAAAACAUGUAUAAAGGCUCAUGAGUAUGGAUGACACUGGAAUUUUAUAAAUUCUAAAAAAUAAAAUCUGAAACAGC